UGUUACUAUGCGAACACCAAAGCCCAGAAUAUAUGAGAAGUACGGCAAUUAGAAGCAACCGUGGCAAAUCAUAGUCGCGUUGAGGUAGUAGAGCAGACCGGCUUCGUGUACUUUAACACUUCGGAUCAUAAAGUGACGGAAAAGGAAUAUUUUGAGUAUCCCAGCGACUGUGAAUGUUCAACCGAGGAACGCUCACCUGCUCUACAGUAUAAGUAUUACAACGAUAAAGGCAAGUGUUUUAAUUAUGUAGCACAUUGGACUGGACUUGGUCCUGGUUUGUCACUAUAAAAAAAAUCACUGCAGUUUUCUAAUUUGCUCGGGCUUCAAGGAUUUACUUUUUCACUUUUCUUGGCUGAUGUGGAGUUGGGAGAAGUUAUUACACGUGGGCUACUGAUUGUUGAAAGGAAAAAAGUCCUUGAAAAUAUUUCAAAUCUAUCUACGCUUGCACGCUUCUUCCACCGUAUCCCGUUUUCUAACUGGGAUUGCAACGAGAAGGACACGGGCUACGAUGUCGGAGGUGGAUCUUGCGGCAGAGUGCCUCGUCUCCAUUUCUAACGGAGCAGCCGCCAGUCGCUGCCCCAGCAUGCUGCUGCACGAGGAUGCGGAUGCCAAGGACCCGCAGGAGCGCGGCACGCUGCUGAUGUUCGCCAGGAUUUUACUUGAGCUGAAAACUCACAAGCCACCGUCGCGUCUGUGUAGCUGCACCUCCGCCAAGUGCUCCUGUGGCAGCGAGGCGAGCAGAGCAGCGGAGCCGGGCGAGCUCCAUCGGAUAGGCAGCGACGCAGCGAGGAAUCACCGACUGCUUGGAAUUAAGUCUCAUCGGGGCUGCACCGUGCGGUCGACCAGAGAAAAGAAUCACCGCUGUCCUUACGCGGGAUGCGACAAAGAGUACGGCAAAUCGUCCCACUUGAAAGCACACGUGAGAGUGCACACUGGUGAAAGACCUUUCCCAUGUAACUGGCCUCAGUGUUCCAGAAAGUUCUCCCGCUCGGAUGAACUCACCAGGCACCUGCGCACCCAUACCGGCGAAAAGAAAUUCAAGUGUCCUCUGUGUGAUAAACGUUUCAUGAGGAGUGACCACCUGACAAAACAUGCCCGCCGCCAUUCGGAUUUUGACCCACGUAUGCUUGAAAAAGCUAGCUGUCGGAAGAGGUCUUCUGCCUCCUUGUCUUCCUCAGAACCUGGGGAUUUCUGUAGUACCCCACAAGAAGAGUGAUGCUUCAACAAAAGGCUAAGGUUGGAGAGGCUUUCCGGAAAAAAGUUCCACCUCGAUUCCUGGAUGAAAGUGUCAAUUUAACUUGGGCCCCCUCAAACUGUAUAGUGCUGGACACUUCUUUUUUUUUUUUCUUUUAAAUCUCGGCAGCAUAGACAUUCUUUUGACAUUUGUGGUGUUAAAAAUUUUGACCAAAACAAGGAUACAUUACAAAAAGCUAUCAGGGUAAUAGACAUUCAUGUUAUAUAAAAAGAUGACCCUGUCCGCUUCCAUGUACAGAGUGAUAAUUCAGGGAAAUGUUUCUUCAGGAAUAAUAAUGUACAGCACAGAUUAAACGACUAGAGUGACAGGCAGUUUAGAACUAUGCACCCUGCAUUCCUUCUCUUGAAAAAGCUGUGUUUGCAGUAUUACGUAUGUUCAGACUGAUUCCGCAGUUUGUUUGCACAAUUUGUACUCUUGAUGUGCAGUGCUUGCGCAUUCGAUUCUCAUAUUCCUAUACUUUUAUUUACUUACCUUCUCUGACGAGAAAUUAUCUCGGCUUGAUUGUUUUACUUGUGAAUUCUGUGAGGAAGAAUUAUGUUGUACAUAUAAAAGAAUAACUAAAACAAAAGUAUUAAGUAUGCAGUAUCAGAGAAUACAACAAACAACAAAGGCUUCCUUUGAAUUGUAUUGUCUUCUGCUUUGUGUCUGUCAUCUAGAUGACCACUUUUGCUUGCACUAACUGUAUAUUUUUGUGUCACAGAAAUGGAAAAGCGCAUUUGCAGGUUACCUACUCAGAAAACAAAAAGUCCUUCAGUACACCACUUGAUUUUAAAUGUAGCUGUUUUCAGCAGGGAUUUCAACUACAUUUCUGGAAUUGAAGAUUGAAUUUAUUGUAAAAUGCUCAGCGUGGUUCAUGUGGGUGUGGGCUUAAAUCAAGCGCCUUACUGCAUUGUGCUUUUUUGUACUAACCCCUCAAUACAAAACCGUGCAGGUUAAACAAGUUUUAAGGAAUGUGCUGCUAGAUUUUGUUUAAAUCAAAUCACAAUGUCUGUUACCUUCUCUAACACUUUACAUUAUCCUUUAUGUUAAUUAGCGACACAGAAGUUAAGCACAUAAACACUGCUGCACAGGCUUACAGUGUCAAGAAUUAUGCAUUACAGUUCAGAAUUACGAAGAGUUGUUUCCUCUUUUUUAUAACAGGUGUUUUGUAUUGUGACAGUUAAUUCACUUUCAUUUUUCCACUGUCAACUUGCUUUUGCCUUCAUUUUAAAUAAAAACGUCAAACAAAUGCAUAGCUUCCAGCCUGUGGGGACCUUGAAUUGUGCCCUAUUAGCUAUUGCUGUGAAAUGGAAAUGUGCAGUUAAGAGUAGUCAGUGUUAGUUUUCUAUCAAGAAGCUUUAAACCUUGAUAAGACUGUUUUACGAAUAUCUGAUUGUGAAACAAAAAGUUGUUUUUUGUUUUUUGUAGUAUUACUAAGGCAUGGAUUUUCAUAAAUAAUUGUGAAUAACUAAUCUAAGAAAAGAUGGCCCCAAAAUAUCCAGGGCUGGGGAUUCCAUUUUUAGAAAAUUACUACCAGUUUAUGACGUGCUUUAAUCAAUAGCUGGGUAUUCUUCCAGUGACAUCAGAAGCAUAAAGAAAAACGCACAAAGAACAGAAAAGUUUCAUUAGAAUGAAGCUUUGCUUGAUAUUAAGACACUGCACUGUCUAGCUGCAGAAAGACCAAGCCGUUCACCAUGAAGUACAAUGUCCAUUUUGUUUGAAAAUAUUUAAAUUCAGCAGCAUGGUGAUUUAGUCACAUGCAAGGGAAAAUAAAAGGUUAUUUCAAACAAAGAGAACACUUUCAAAUUCGUAUUGUAAGUAAACUAUAAAAGUACAAAAAUGGCUUUUAUUUUUCUGAAGCCAAGUUGGCACAUCUUCACACAAAAUGUAAAACCGUUGUACUUUGUUUAAUUUGCCACCAAAGAUUUCAGAAAAAUGUUUACUUAUGAAAUAUUCACUAAUGGAAUUUUAGCACUCCGCUUAUCUGCUUAUACACUUAGCAAUAUUUAAUGUGCAAUAGACUUGCUGCUGAACCUAAGUUAGUUUAGUGUUGACUUGCAUUAUUUAGAAAAUUGAAAAGUGAAUAAUUUCCUGUGCGUCAGUAAAUUAAUUUUCUAAACCCACUUUUUCCAGGACAGUGUUGUGAGGAUCUGGAACUAAAGCACAGGGUACUCUCAUGACAUAAGGGUAACUAUUACUGUAUUUGCUACACACUUUAAAGCCAGAACUACCUAUGUUUAUCAAAUUAAGAAAUACUGUAGUACAUAAGCAAUCAAUUUAAACAGAAACUGCUUGCAAACAUGUUGGUUUAGAUCGGGGUGGGCAAAAUGUCGCUCCUGAAGAGCCGCUUGGCUACAGGUUUGCAUUCCAACCCAAUGGCUUAAUUAGAAACCAAUCCUUUAUUUCAUUUUAUGGCUUGUUGCUCUGCAAUGUAAGGUUUUAUAUCUGAGGAUAUAUCAUCCAAAUGAUUUGAAGCCUAAAAAGGAUCAUUUUAAAUCUGUCACAUUUUCUAUUAAGUGUUUUAUUAAAUCAAACAGUACAUGAUAAAAUUAUACAGAUGAAAAUGGAAUCGAGCAAGAAGGAAAACUGCUGGCUGCUUUGUCUUUACAUCUUAUUGCUAAUAAGGAGCCAUUAAAACACUGAAUACAGCUGUUUAAUUAAGGGUGGGGACCCUUAACAAGCGAGACCACUAAAAUGAAGCAUCAAAAUGUCACCUGAGCAAUAAGCGCUUCAUCAGUAGUAAUUGACUUCUCAUUAAGAAACUGGGUUGGAACAAAAACAUGCAGCCACUGCCCACCCCUGGUUUGGAUGCAACAAACAUUUCACAUAGAAGAGGACCAUGGAUUUAUCACAAGCCGCAUCGGUUGUUGUGUAAAUUUAAAGAUCACAACAUGCAUUUUUGGUUUCGAAAUAACUCCUCAGCAUCUGUUAGACAUUGAUCAUACUUAAAAGGUGGGAGUAGCCAGCGAGUUGAGUGCAUCUUAGCUUUCUAAGGUCACAUAAAACAGGGAUCAUAACUGUGCUAACUAUUCUAGGUGACAGAUCUGAAAAUGUAAUAGAUGUAUUGAACUUCACUGUGAUCAAAUAUUUGUGACAUGUGCUUAAAAUUCUAGACAGGUUUUAAAUACUUGAUUGGCCUGUUGGUCAAUCUCUCUCUCAGGUCUGCUGAGAUUAUUUUGUUAAACUCCUGUAUUCCUAUAUAAUGUAAUUCAUAGCUCUUCAGCUACUUUUGGAAUUAAAGUCACUAUGCUUACUGCAAAUGUUUUGAAAUUUAUAUUUAGAUACGUGGCUUUAAUAUUAGCAGUUGCCUUGAUGCAUAGCUAUGGCUGCAUUGAGCAAACAAUGAAAUAAACAGAAUAGUUUUAGGGAUAGUGUUAAACGUUUAGGACAUCUUUAGAAAUGUUCAUUAAAAUCCUUGCAAGAAGCAGUAGCCCUGUUUGCUCUUUUUAGUGUAUUCAGUGCAUAAUAGUUCUGCUAGUUUAACAAAGAUUUAUCAAUGUGUCAAAUACUCGGCAGCCUGCGUAACCAGACCCCUCAAAAACAAAACAUUUCCAAAAACCGAUUUCCUAGGGAGCUGAAGUAAGCAGAGGGCACUAAACUACAUCACUUCUUGUUCACAAUAUCUGCCAUUGCUUGGGACUUCUCUUCAGUGCCAUCAUUUUCUGUUUAAGUGCUGGUGAACUAUGAUGGAGUAAUGCAGCUGAUUUUGUAGAAACACGUUAGAUUUGACUAAAUUGUUUUGGUCAAGAUUUUAGAAUAAUGUUUCCUAAUGUCUUAUUUGUAUUGUUAGAAACUUUCAUUGCUUCUGAAUUGACAGUAUGUGUACAGAUAAAGCACUAGAGCCUUUGUUCUUUGUUCAGCAUUAAACAGCACUCUUGUGUAUUUUCCCCAGCCAAUCUGAGUAAUAUUCAUAAAAUAUUUGCAAACUAAAUUAACUUGCUUUCUUGUACCAUACUAUGAGUAAGAAGUACUUCCAUCUUUCAUGCCCACACACAGCCAUUACUUAUUCCCUCAUCGUCAUUUGUUAUGCUGCAUGAUUCAUUCACCAUAAAACUAGAGGCCUUAAGAACUAUACCAUCUCAGCCUUAAACUAUCAGGGACUUGAUCGAUUUAUUUAAGCAAUGCUCAUAUCGUGCCAUGAAACAUACCACACAUCUUGCCUAAUGCCCCCUCUCCCAACUCAACUCUCAAUUUUAAGUGAUAUGUUAGUUCUCAUUAAAAGUAUUUACCAAUAUAAUUGAAGAAUGACACAGCGUAAUUAUUCAAUCUCACAUCAAAUAUAAUAAAGAAUCUGUCUGGAAGGGAGCAUUAUACUAUUUACUACAGACAUCGGAUUAACUGCAAGACCCCGUCUGCUGAUUAUUUAAUUUCAUUAAAACUUCACAUUCUAAAUAUAUUUAUUUUUGGUACAGUGCAAUCGGUCGUCCGUUUACAAGAUUUGAUUCCUCUUUUUCACAUGGCUAUUCAUUUGUAUUCAGUUAUUGUAUUAUUGUCUGUUCAAGUUUUAUUUUAUCUAUGAAUUUCUCAGCCCGGUUUGCCGUUAUUGGCCGUUGCCAGUCUCUUAACUGUACUUGAGCUUAGAAAUUCUUUUUUUUUCUUUCAGGUGCUUGUUAAGUGUUAAUUUUUGAAACAUUCCUUAAAAGGGAGUGCAGUUCUAAUAAACUGAUAUGCAAACAACAAUGAUUAAAGAGUGAUUUGUUCAGCUUCGCUCACCCACCCAACCUACCAAGUACAAAUUACAACAUAUUUAACACUGAUUACAAAAGUAAAGUCACAAUAUGUAAUCCAAAUCCAAAAGAAUAAGUUCAGGUUUGAGUUUUCUAAGCGGCAUGCUAUAAGUGCAGAAAGAGAAUGGCAAAAAAAAUAGGUUCAGCAGUAGCAAGUUAUGGUACAGUCCAGAAGACUCUUCAACAGUCAGCUCUGGGCAGCUCUUGCUUUACAUGCCCACGACAAACGACUUUGCCUUCUUUUGAUGGGAAUGGUUGGCUUUUGGAUUUAAUUCUCUACAUGCCAACAUUGUGGUUUAUGUGAAGACUUUAAAUUGACAAUUUUACUUUGCUUUGCACAUUACUUUCUCUACAGACUAAUUUACAUUAGACAUUGCUGUCAUGAAUCUUUUACCAGUAAACAAUGUAUAUACUGCAGCACAUAACACUAUUUUAUUAUUUUCAAAAAUAAAUAUGCAGCAAUUUUCAUAUGCAACAGUUACUGGCAGAAGGCUUGAUGUGAUAUUUUGAAAGCAGACAGCUAUUUUAAUCUAUAUAGUCUAUAAUCUUUUAGAUUUCCAAAUAUUACCAUAGAAAUAAAGAAAGAAAAAUAAUAUAGACGGCCGUCUCAAAGAAGGCUGCGGUUUUAAGUUGUUACCGAUGUUCUACUGUUAUCACAUUGAAUGUGUGGCAGCUUCAGACAUAAAAUAGUACAGAAAACUUGUGCAAUAAUUUUUUUCAUGUAUUGAGUUAUCUGUUACUUCUUUGAUCAGUGUUUGUUAAAAAUGAGGGAAUAUUUCACACACAGUCUACCUCGAUCAAUUUAUUUUGCUUUUUGUGAAAAUCCAAGAUCAAUAAGGAAAGGAGAAGCCCAGAUUAGUCUGCGUGAUUCAGGAAUGUAAAUAGAACUUUUUAUGUUUCAGGACAUUUGAUGAAUUGCGUUUAUUUGUAAAUAUUCAUUAUUAACAUUUUUUUUUUUUACUCAGUAGUUUUUCCAGCAGACUUAAACGUAGCAGUAUGGUUUCUUGUUCUUUGUGCUUCAGUGUUUACCAUUUGAAACCGUCAUAUGCAUUUGCUUCCAACAGACAACUAACUUCAUUGUGUGAGGUUGGGUAACUUUUGUUUUAUUUAUUUAAGAAACUAUGUUAGGUUUCACUUGCUGUCUUAAUUAAUAUAUAGGGAUGUACACAGUGCCAAUAUAAAGACAAGCUAGCUAUUGGUAAAUAAAGAAUAGAUCAAUGCACUUGGUUAUAUAUUUGGGAAAACACCUAUUUAUGUUUCCUUACUGUAUGCAUUUUACAUGCUUGUGCUUUUUUCUUUAAUACAAAUAAAUUUCUUGCUCUUGCAGUUCUCAAAA